AUGGAAGCCAGAGCGAGUGUUACAGCGCCGGAAGAGGAGGUGAUGUGUGAGACCGACAGGAACGACCCGCAGGAGGACGCGGCUCCACCCACACGCGCAGUGAAGUGGUGGCGCACGCGCCCGACGGUGGAGCCGCUGGUGUUGCUGUUCAUGUUCUCCUACGUGGUGACGCACUCAGUGGUCAACGGGCUCUUCCUGGAGCGCGUGUGCGGCUCCAGCGACACCAGCGUGUGCACGAACGAGGACCGCGCCUACUCCAGCACGCUCACCACCUGGAAGACCAUCAUCGAAGCUAUCGUGCCCGCCGCUGUGUCGCUUUUCAUCGGCAGCUGGAGCGACAAGUUCGGACGUCGACCCAUCUUCAUCUGGUCAUUUGCUGGCAACGCCAUUGCGUACGGCGUGUUCUCCGGGCUGGCUGCGAUUCCAAACCUAGCGCCGGAGUGGUUGUUGAUGCCUUCAGUAGCGGCCACCUUCAGCGGCGGCAUGAUGAACCUCAUGGCUGUGGCCAACGUCUACAUCGCCGACGUCAGCCCUGCGGGGCAGAAGGAGCUGAGACUGGGGAUACUGGAUGCGGCGCAGUACUCGGCCAUGAUGCUGGGGUCAGGGCUGUCCACGCCGCUUUUCCUGGGCCUCAGCUACUACGGGGUGUACGCCCUGGCCGCCGGCCUCAUGCUGCUGUGUCUACUCUACUCCAUUUUCCUGCUGCCGGAGACCAUGGCGCCCUAUACGCCGCCUGAAGACGCGAGUUGCGGUUGCUGCAAGGGGAUCUUCCGCCCCCAGCUGGUGCGCGACGCGCUCAAGACGUCCCUGAUGAAGCGGCCUCAUCAUGGAAGGUCAACCAUCCUCAUCGUCAUCGUUGUCGUCGUCACUGGCGUCCUCAUCUCCCAAGGAGAAGGCGUCGCCAACUACCAGUUCCUGAACGCCAAGUUUCACUGGACCGUCGAACAGAGCUUGCUGUACGGUUUCUUCACCAACGGCACCACUGCUGUAGGUACCAUGGUGGGAGUGCUGGUGUUCGUACGCUGGCUCAAGCUGGAUGACGGCUGGAUAGCCCUCAUCACCUUCUCCUGUAAGAUCGCCGCCGCCAUAAUCUACUCGAUAUCUCCGGAGUCGUGGUAUAUGUUUUUAGGUGGGGCUAUCGCUUGCUUCGGAGCCUUGAUCUGGGUUCUGGUCAGAGCGAUGCUGACGAGGCUGGUCGCCAAGGACGAGAUAGGCCAGGUGUUCGCGCUGGCGGUGACCAUAGAGUCGGUGACCCCACUGGUGGGGCCUCCCAUGUACAACGCCGUCUUCAAUGCGUCCAUCAACACCUUCCCUGGAGCCUUCUACCUGCUCUCCGCCGGGAUCAUGGCUAUCGACCUCCUACUGCUGCUAUUCGCGAUCUUCCUAAACCGAGGAGCGAAGAGGGAGCAGCAGAGGCAGCAGGACCACACUGACAGCAAGACGGCGGCCCCCGAGUGA